AUGCCAGUGCCCUUCCUUAUCACCGUAUUUGACCAGCUCGGCGAACUUGGCGUAAUGCUGCUUCGUCCGUCUCGGCCACGAUUACCCAGACCCGCCACCACCUUGAUGGAUGUCGGGUCGCGCCCGAACUCCUUGCCUGCUGUCGUACUGUCCACUGAUGGCCGUACAAGCUCAGGCUUCUGUCCAUUUCAAGGUGUCGCCUCCGCGUGUUUCGCGGCGAACGACUUCCGCUGUCCGGGUGCCCGCGCGCCGCAGCAGGGCGGCGUGCGCUGCGGACUCAGUUCGCGAGAGGAUGGGGACCCCGGGCGCGGUGAAAUACUUUCCCCGGUGAUGGAUCUGUCGCACAGCAGCAGGGUCAGCAUGCCAGCCUCCGUCGCGGUUGUUCACGGCACCGUCGCGCCAUGA